AUGUGUAUGUUCAAGGUGGCGAAUCCAAGAGAUAAAGUUAUUAAAAGGGAACUCAAUGAUCCCACAUUGUCAAGUGAAAUGGUAUUUCCUUUUCCUGGUAUGAAUAGAGAUAGAGAAAUGUCUGCUAUGAUCUCUGCUUUGACUCAUAUUGUUUCUGGAGAUGUUCCAAACCAAAGCACUGAAGUUGAACCAAAUAUCAAUAUGUCUUCUUCUCCAAAUUCUUCAACUAGUUAUGGUACUAGUUCUUCUCUCAAAAGAACUAGGGAAGAUGAUCAGUUGAUCCAGACACCAGACGCAACACUGAUACCAACAAAUGCAGAAAGUUCGAGAAAUAGGACAACAACAACCAGAGUAACAAGAGAGAUGGGAAAUGCUGUGUAUGAAUAUAGAAGAACAGAAGGUGUGGUAAGAGAAGGAGAAGAGAAAAGAAAGUACAGAGGAGUGAGACAGAGACCGUGGGGAAAAUGGGCUGCUGAGAUAAGAGAUCCUUUCAAAGCAGCAAGAGUGUGGUUAGGAACAUUUGAAACAGCUGAAGCAGCUGCUAGAGCAUACGAUGAAGCUGCUCUUCGUUUUAGAGGAAACAAAGCAAAACUUAAUUUCCCUGAGAAUGUUACUCUUCGUCAUCCUCCUCCAACAACGUCGAAUCAGUGGAAUAUUUCGAAUAUGCCGAGUUCAGUUGUUUCUAUUACAACUUCUACUGACCCUGUUGUUCAUACUCUACCUUUUUCUUAUUCACAACCUUCAGCAAAUUUUUAUGAUCCUUUUCAGUUUUCUGACAUUCCUGCUAGGAAUGUUUAUGAUGAUAAUGUGAUUUUGAGUUCUACCAUGGCUUCUCAUCUUCAAUCUUCCUCGUCAUCGUUGUCACCAGCUUCUUCUCUGUCAUCUUCUUCUUCUGCAUUUGCUUCUUCUAUGCAGACCAAUGCUUCAGCUUCCGCGUUUUAUUCUUCACAGUUUCCACCAUGGUCUGCCUCCGAUCAUAACUCUUCUUCCUCUAGAUGA